AUGGGUCUAUGCUCAGUUCAACUCGCUGUUACAUGCUUGUUCAUAAUAGUUGUAGUACCUCAUGUUCAGUCCCAAGUUACAGAGUUUUUAAGUAUAGAUUGUGGUGGCUCAAGUAACUACACGGACCCGAGAACUGGACUAGGAUGGGUUUCAGAUUCAGAUAUCAUCAAACUCGGCAAAUCAGUAACUUUGGCCAGUACCAAUUGGAACUCGAUGCAAUACCGUAGAAGAAGAGAUUUUCCAACUGAUAACAAGAAGUAUUGUUACAGACUUAGCACCCAAGAGAGGAGGAGAUACAUUGUCAGAACAACAUUUCUCUACGGUAGCUCGAGUAAUGAAGAAGCGUACCCAAAGUUUCAACUCUACUUAGAUGCAACAAAAUGGGCUACUGUGACUGUUCAGGAAGUCUCUAGGGUUUAUGUUGAGGAAUUAAUUGUUAGGGCAACUUCAAGUUAUGUAGAUGUGUGUGUAUGCUGUGCUAUCACCGGCUCUCCUUUCAUGUCCACUCUCGAGCUACGCCCGUUGAACCUUUCGAUGUAUGCCACUGAUUACGAGGAUAAUUUCUUCUUGAAGGUCGCUGCCAGAGUGAAUUUUGGUGCUCCAAGCAUGGAUGCCUUGAGGUACCCGGAUGAUCCAUAUGACAGAAUCUGGGAGUCAGAUGUUAAUAGACGGCCAAAUUAUCUUGUUGGUGUGGCUCCUGGAACGACAAGAAUCAGUACAUCAAAGAAUAUAAAUACGAUGACUAGAGAGUAUCCGCCUAUGAAAGUCAUGCAAACAGCAGUAGUUGGCACCCAAGGACUGAUCAGCUAUAGAUUAAACCUGGAAGACUUCCCUGCCAAUGCUCGUGCGUAUGCUUACUUUGCUGAAAUUGAAGACCUUGGUGCUAACGAAACCCGGAAAUUUAAGUUGGUGCAACCAUACUUUCCUGAUUAUAGUAAUGCAGUGGUGAAUAUUGCUGAGAAUGCCAAUGGGAGCUAUACUCUCUAUGAACCUAGCUACAUGAAUGUGACUUUGGGUUUUGUUUUGACGUUCUCAUUUGGGAAGACAAAGGAUUCUACACGAGGCCCACUUCUAAAUGCAAUUGAAAUUAGCAAGUAUCUACAAAUUUCCUUGAAAACGGAUAGGAGUGACGUGUCUGUUCUUGAUGCAAUUCGUUUGAUGUCCCCUGAUAGCGAUUGGGCCAAUGAAGGAGGAGACCCUUGUAUCCCAGUUCUUUGGUCGUGGGUAAACUGUAGCUCAACCUCGCCACCACGAGUCACGAAAAUUGUUCUAUCAAGAAAAAAUCUGAGAGGUGAGAUUGUGGCUGAGAUUAAUUCUAUGGAGGCAUUGACAGAGUUGUGGCUGGAUGGUAAUGGUUUGACUGGAAUCCUUCCAGACUUGAGCAAACUUGUCAACCUGAAAAUCAUGCAUCUAGAAAACAACCAACUUAGUGGCUCACUCCCACCAUACCUUGUCCAUCUGCCUAACCUGCGAGAACUGUUUAUAGAAGAUAACUCCUUCAGAGGAACGAUUCCUUCAGCGCUGUUAAAAGGGAACAUUUUGUUCAAAUAUAAUAAUAAUCCUGAGCUUCAGAAUGAGGCACAGCGAAAGCAUUUUAGGCUGAUACUGGGGAUAUCAAUAGCCGCUGUCGCAAUUUUAUUGCUGCUAGUUGGAGGAAGUCUUGUUUUACUUUGUGCCCUUCAAAAGACGAAAAGAGCUGAUAAAGGUGAUUCCAAAGGGACUAAGAAAAAAGGUUUGGUAGCUUAUUCAGCUGUGCGGGGCGGACACUUAGAUGAAGGUGUAGCAUAUUUCAUAUCGCUUCCUGUUCUCGAAGAGGCUACCGAUAAUUUUUCCAAGAGAGUUGGAAAAGGAAGUUUUGGGUCUGUCUACUAUGGUAGGAUGAAAGAUGGGAAAGAAGUUGCAGUUAAGAUAACUGCAGAUACUUCCAGCCACUUGAACAGACAAUUUGUGACUGAGGUUGCUCUGUUAUCGAGAAUUCACCACAGGAACUUGGUUCCUUUGAUUGGAUAUUGUGAAGAAGCAGAUCGACAUAUAUUGGUCUACGAAUAUAUGCACAAUGGAAGCUUGGGAGAUCACUUACACGGUUCAAACGAUUACAAGCCAUUAGACUGGCCAAUUCGGCUACAAAUUGCAGAGGACGCUGCCAAAGGUCUUGAAUACUUGCAUACUGGCUGCAAUCCUAGUAUCAUUCAUAGGGAUGUGAAAUCAAGCAAUAUUCUCCUGGACAUUAACAUGAGAGCCAAAGUGUCUGACUUUGGACUCUCGAGGCAGACCGAGGAAGACUUGACUCACGUAUCCAGUGUCGCAAAAGGGACAGUUGGAUACCUUGAUCCAGAGUAUUAUGCUAGUCAGCAGCUGACCGAGAAGAGCGAUGUCUACAGUUUUGGCGUUGUUCUCUUUGAAUUACUCUCCGGAAAGAAACCAGUCUCAGCGGAAGAUUUCGGUCCUGAACUGAAUAUAGUUCACUGGGCAAGAGCACUGAUCCGUAAAGGAGACGUAUGUGGGAUCAUAGAUCCAUGUAUAAUAGGCAACGUGAAGAUCGAAUCAAUCUGGAGAGUUGCAGAGGUUGCAAACCAAUGCGUUGAGCAGCGUGGGUAUUGCAGGCCAAGGAUGCAGGAAGUGAUAGUGGCAAUACAAGACGCAGUUAGGAUCGAGAGAGGAAACGAGGACGGGCUGAAGUCAUCGACUUCAAGCGGUUCAAAGGCGCAAUCAUCAUCUCGUAAGACCUUGCUCACUAGCUUCCUCGAGAUAGAGAGCCCUGACAUCUCAAGAAACAGCCUAGCUCCAGCUGCUAGGUGA